AUGGAGCUUCCUUGGGUAGUUGGAGGAGACUUUAACGUCAUCAUGGAUGAGGAUGAGAAGAUAGGUGGGCUACCAGUAUAUCCCCCUGAAUAUGAAAAAUUUGCUGCUUGCGUAAAUUCUUGUGGACUGUUUGAGGUUGGGUUUAAAGGCAGCCCCUUCACAUGGUGGAAUAGCAUAGCAAACUCAGAAUGCAUUUUCAAAAGGCUGGAUAGAGUGUUUGUCAAUCUCCCUUUUCAGAAUCUUUUCUCAACUACUGAAAUUGAGCAUCUUAUUAGGACAGGAUCAGAUCAUGCCCCAUUAUUGAUGAGUUGUGGGGAAGAGACUAUAAUCAAAAAUGCCCUAUCUCAUUGGAGUAAGUUCACAUAUGGUGACAUCUUCAAACAACUUGCUAUUAGAGAGGAUAUUGUUAGGGUGAAUGAGAUAUUAUUUGAAGACGAACCAACAAUUGAGAAUAGGGUUAUUCUCCAAAAAACACAAGCUGAAUUGAAACAAUAUCUUAGCAUUAAGGAGAAAUUCUGGAAGCAAAAAGCAGGCAUGAGUUGGUUUGCUGAAGGUGAUAGGAACACAAAGUUUUUUCACAAUCAUGUGAAUGGCAAGAGACAAAAGCUGCAGCUCAGAAGAAUUCAAAAUGGAGAUGGUGUUUGGAUUGAAUCUCAAGACCUUAUGUCUAAUGUUGCAGUAGACCUUUUCCAGAGAUAG